CGCGUAGCAUUCCAAAAUGGUGGCAAUUUGAGUUGACAACGAAAAAUAUUCAUUUACAAAAUGAAUUUACCUUGAGAAUAAAUAUUAUUUGCGCCUUCUUUGUCAUCGAAGCGUGAUCCAAAAUUGAAGAAAACUGAAAAGAAAACAAAAUGGCUACACAGUACAUGUAUGCACCAUCCCACAGUUAUGGCCAUCAAGGCGUACAGGCUCAUGAUAGCUCUGGACAAAAUGGAAGUUUUUCGUUCAAGAAGAGAUUUGAGCAUAUUGAUUGGAGAAAGAUAGCAUCAAUUGACAUUGAUCAGAUAUCAAGAACUCUUGACUUUAAUGCCUUACAAGAAAACAUUAUGAACCUUACGUUCUGUAAUAUUGAGAGUGAAUUGGACAUGAGAAUGGUGGACCCUAAUUUCGUGAAAUUAUUUAAACUGGCACAGUUCACUAUUGAAUAUCUAUUGCAUUCACAGGAUUAUUUAGCUGGAGUUGUAGCAGCAUCAGAAGAAAAGGUCAAAGCUACAGAACAGGAAAUGUUGAAAUUAAAGAAUGAAAUGGAAAAACAGAAAGAAGAAUUGAUAGAAAUAAAGAAAGAAUCUCAUAAAAGAAAGAAAUUAUUAAUAGCCCAACAACAGAUGAUACAUGCAGGAUCUGAUAGUUAUAAUAAAUGUCCUUUUUGUGCAAAAGCCUUUUUAAAUAGUUCUUUCCUUCAAGCUCACAUAUUUCGGCGUCAUCAUGAAUAUUCCUCAAAGGGAUCUAGUACUGAGGCUCAUGGCUCAUCAGGAGGAACCAUCAGCAAAACUUUAGAAAUAGAACUCCAUGAAAUAAAGGAAAGACUACAGAUGACAGAGGCAGCCCUGAAAGAAGAAAAGCGUGCAAAUAGAUCUCUUAGAAACAGUCUGAAGGAUGGAGAUCAUAACAUUAGUAGUGAAGUUUAUCAAGAACGAUUACAGUACGAAGAACAGCAAAGAGAAAUGGAAGAAAUGAGACAUAAAUAUGAAAAAGAAAUACAAGAUUUAAAUUUAAAACAACAGGCAACAGAAAGAGCUCUAAUAGAUAUGAGACAAGGACGCAGAUCUAAUAUAGGUAAUUUAGAGGAUGAUGAUGAUGACAUGGAUCCUAGACUCGUCAAUAAACAGUCAAAAGAAGUUUUAGAAUUACAGGAACAAUUACAUGUCAUGAGAAAUCAAAUGGAUAAACAAAAUAAAAAAUGGUCUAAGAAGAUUAAUGAAAUGUCCGACACUCGAAAUCAGUUGAUGAAUGCCCUAGAGAAGACAGAUAAAGAAUUAUUAGCUAGUAAGAAAAUACAGUCACCAGAAAAAGAUCAACAACAUACACAAAAUGAAGAUAUUCUUAGAAAAUCAAGAGAACAAGAACAGUUAUUAUCAAUGUUAGAAGAAGAGAUGGAAAGAGAUGCAGAAAAAAACAGAUUAAUAGAAGCAAAGAAACGAGAAGAAAGACAAAAGAAAGAAGAAAGAGAAAGAGAGGAAGAAAGACACAGAACUGUUAAAACUAAAAGUGAAACAAUUGUAGAAACUAUAGUAAACAAGAGAACAAGAACACAGGGACUUCAAUCAUCACUAUCACCACAAGUCAGACGUUCUACUUCACCUGCUAGAAUGGAACCUAGUGAUGAUGAGGACGAGUCAGAAAUGUUGACUGGUACGGGGACUGGAAGUUUUUUGACGUCACAGAAAGGAACUGGUACACUACAAUCAACAGGAGGAUCUAACAUAAAUCGUACAUUAAAUACUGGAGACUAUUUAAAACAUCUACGAAGUAAUCCAACAUUAGAUCUUCUUAAAAAAGAAUUUCUGGCACAGCUAGAUGAAAAAUUGGAGAAAAUUGGCGUGGAUCCUAAACAACCUGGUAUAACAGAUUUCUUUGCUUCAUUGUUUAACAAAUAA